AUGGACGCCUCGGAAAAUGAGAUUGAUGUGUAUCUGCACAAGCAUUCCAAGGUCCUGCUGGAUGAGCUGGACCAGAGUCUGGCGACUUGUCUGCGGAAGCCGGAUGGACGAGGGGGAACGCGCAUACGGCGAUGGGUGCGCAUUCGGGAGACUCUGAAGGCCACCUGUGUUGUCCUGGAUCAGUUCCAAGAGCUGCCUCAGCUGCUGGAUCCGCAUCUGCCCAAAUGGAUUCCCCUGCUGGCAGAGUCAUAUCUGGAGUAUCUGCAGACACGACAUCGCAACAAGCGGGUUCCUGAAAAUACGAACCUGCUGGCUCCUCUCGACUAUGCGAUUUCCCGGAUCCUGUACUCGUUCUGCAAGGUUCGCGGGGAAAAGGUCAUUGUUCGCUUCCUCAAUGUCGAAACCAAGUAUCUGGAGCUCAUCCUCUCUGCCGUCGAAGAAGCUGAGGUCCAGGCCAGCAAGGAGCAGAAGAAGGACCUCUUCACGGAACGAGCUGCUGGCGAAGGGUGGUCGUGGGAGCAGCGCUACAUUGCCCUGCUUUGGCUCUCGCACCUGUUGUUUGCGCCGUUUGACCUGUCGACGAUUUCCUCUGCUGACCUGGAUGAGGGGGGAAUCCCGUCGAUUGCUGGGUUCAGCUGGCCUGCGAACGUGCCGGGCCUUACGAUGAGAGUUAUUCCUCUGGCCAUCAAGUACAUUGCUUCUGCGGGGAAAGAACGAGAUGCUGCCAAGGCUCUUCUGGUGAGGCUCGCGAUGAGGCGAGACAUGCAGCAGAUUGGCAUUCUGGAAAGCCUCGUGCAGUGGUCCUUGAAGUCCUUGCGGCCGGCAAAGGAGACGGAACUCGAGAACCCGUAUUUCUACAUCGGGGUGCUCUCGUUCUUGGCUGGCAUCCUGCGAUCUUCAUCCGAGACGUCAGAUAUGGACAAGUACCUGUCCAUGAUAUUUGAAUCCGUGCUCGAGCUAUCUACUGGCGAUGAUGGUAUCUCGAAGAUUAUCAUGUCCCAGGCAUCUGCCCGGAAGAUGAUGCUGAAGGUGAUCCGCUCGCUCGUCGUUUCACUCUUGCGCUCUUCCCGACGAGAUAUGAAGACGACGAUUCUGGUAGAGAAUGCAAUCGGGUACUUUCUCGAGAGCCUCGCUGACAACGACACCCCCGUUCGCCUGUCUGCUAGCAAGUCGCUCAGCAUCAUCACCUUGAAGUUGGACCCGGACAUGGCAUCCCAGGUCGUCGAAGCUGUACUGGAAUCCCUGAACCGCAAUGUCCUUUGGAACAAGGUGUCAACCAAGUCAGGAGACAAGCGGGUUCGCGACUUGUCUGCCGUGAACCCUCUGGAAUGGCAUGGCUUGAUGAUGACACUGUCGCACUUGCUCUACCGACGAUCGCCCCCGGCUAACCAGCUCUCCGACAUCCUCCACUCUCUUCUUUUGGGAUUAGCAUUUGAACAGCGCGGCACCUCGGGAGCCAGCGUGGGAUCCAACGUUCGUGAUGCGGCGUGCUUUGGUAUCUGGGCCCUGGCUCGCCGAUACACAACUGACGAGCUUCUUGCCGUGUCUACAAAGUCCGUCUACGCGGCCAAGUCUCAUCCUCCGUCGAGCUCCAUUCUGCAGGUUCUGGGCACUGAGCUGGUGACGACGGCGUCUCUCGACCCCGAAGGAAAUAUUCGACGCGGAGCUUCAGCUGCGCUACAAGAACUCAUCGGCCGACACCCAGAUACUGUAGAUCACGGCAUUGGCGUCGUGCAGUGUGUCGACUAUCAUGCCGUAGCUCGGCGAUCACGCGCAGUCCAGGAAGUCUCUCUCGGUGCAGCAAAGCUGUCCGGACAGUACGGAGAGGCUGUUAUUGAUGGCAUACUGGGCUGGCGAGGAAUCGGCGACAUGGACACCGCCUCGAGACGGGCUGCUGGCGCCGCGUUUGGCUCGCUUAUAGUACAGUUGUCCGAUACAACAUCUGAGACGCCAUUUUCUCGCUUUGAAGAUGCGAUUGACGAGGUAAUGGACCGUCUGAGCGGUCUGCAGAAACGUCAAGUCGAAGAGCGGCAUGGUUUGCUUGCGUGUUUCGCUGGAGUGGUGGAUGGCUUUCCCCGUCUGGCCCAGCAAGCUCAGCCGAAAACACUGGAUCAAGCUGCUGCGCGCAGAAUUCUAGGCUACGUCUCCCAAAUUCUUGAGGAUUGCAACAAGACGGACUAUCGUCGACCUGAGCUCAUCGUCGAGGGAGCGAGUCGCUUGGUUGUGGCGUCUCUACCCAUCAUCCAAGCCGCAUCAUCCAGCGACCUCUCCCACGAGCAUCUGAAGAAAGGAAGCGAUGUUUUAUCUAUGGACCGAGUGAAAAGUCUUCCAGAUGUUGCUUCUGCCUUCAGCUCGACGCGACAAGUUGCCGAAGUCGAGACACUGACCUCGAGGCUGCGGGACGUGAUCCCCAGCUGGCUCAGCCGAAGCGAGCAAGACACUGCUGAGUCUGCUUCCGCAGCAGGUUUGAUGCUGCUUGUACUCUCUUCGCCAGAAGAACGAGCGGAAACACUGGAGAAGUGGGCACGUUUGAUCGCAGCCAAACCAAGUAGCCGAUCAGCAGCCAUUGGAAACGGCUACUUUCACGUCAUGGCAAUGGCUCAACCCUUCUCGCGUACCGCUCAGGAGAACAACGAAAGCGACAUUGUGAGCGCUGCGUUCCUCGACCGAUGGAAGGUCGACAGCGAAAUCGAAACGAGGGUUGCGAUUCUCCAAAGUCUUCUGAGCAGCCGCAUCCUCAAGGACAGGCCAACUCUGUUCCUCGACCUGCUUGCAGAGGGCUUGAACGAUUAUACUACGACGGCGAGAGGCGAUGAGGGUUCUUUGGUGCGGUUUCAGACACUCAAGGCGAUCAAUGUUCUUUGGGAAGAUAUCGGUGACGCUACAACUUGGGCGGAUUGGGCAGAAGUGUCUGUCCGGAAGCUGAUUUAUUACGUUUUGCGGCUUUCUGCUGAGAAGCUGGAUCGUGUGCGUCGCGUCGCCAAGGACGUUGUUGCGCUACUCAUGACUGAGAGUUCCUCCUCAAAAGCCUACUUCGCCCUCCUCCUCAACCUCAUCCCCAAGAACUCCCUCCACCCACACAUAAUGACCAUCCUGAACGGCGACGAAAACGCCUGGAUGGCCGGCCUCAUGGCGGGCUUUGUCUCCUCCGCAGACACGGGCAACGAAGACCUCGUCAUCGCCAGCAGAGCCGCUCUCACAGACCACUGCGAGGAAUCGGCAGAAAACCUGCAGCGCGUGUGCUCAGCCCUGCUGCACAACCUCAAGACAUGCCAGGGCCAGGACCGCGUCAUAGUGCCGACGCUGGAGAUGAUUGCGUUCUUAUUCUACACAGGCCUCUUCCAGCGUUGCGAGAUCAAUUAUAAGAAUCUUUGUCUGCAGACGCAGAAGGCAGGCUAUAAGACGGGUAACGUGCGCAAGAUCACGGCUUGCAUCGCAGUGUAUGGCGGGAUUGCCGCGUCGGCGAAAAGUGAUGCUGGUGGGAAGGAGGCGAGGAAGAGGCUUGGGGCGCUCAUGUCGCACCCGUGGCCGAGGGUGAGGAGCGCGGUUGUUGAUGAGCUCUGGGGGCUUGGGCUGGUUGGGGAGGAGGAUGAGGAUGCUGCGGAGGAAGAUGGGAAAGGAGAUGUGCAUGGGCUGACGGGGGUGGAUUGGGCGAGUGCGGAUAAGGGUCGGGUUCAAGCUUUGGUCAAGGAGCUUGAGUUGGAGUAG